AACCCCUCACACCUAAGAGAGCUGGAUCUGAGCUACAAUCACCCAGGAGAAUCAGAAGGCAAACUGCUCUCUAAGAGACUCAAUGAUCCAAACUGCACAUUGGACAAACUUAAUGUGAAUCAUGGAGGAGAGUUCAGGAUUACAGCAGGACCACGCAAAUGGGUCUGUGAUCUCACACUGGAUUCAAACACAAGCACACACUGAACUCAUUCUGUCUGAGGGGAAGGUGACACAUGUGAGAAAGCGUCAGUCAUAUCCUGAUCAUCCAGAGAGAUUUGAUGUGUAUCAUCAGGUUCUGUGUAGAGAGAGUCUGACUGGACGCUGUUACUGGGAGACUCAAUGGAGUGGAGUUGAUGCUGGUAUAUCAGUGUCAUAUAAAGAAAUCAGCAGGAAAGGAAAGAGUCUUGACUGUCGGUUUGGAUUCAAUGUAAACUCCUGGUGUCUGAGGUGCUUAAAUGACAGAUUCACUGUCUGUCACAAUAAUAAAAGCACUGGCAUACGUCCCCCUUCAGAUGACUGUAAGACAGUAGGAGUGUAUGUGGACUGUCCGGCCGGCACUCUGUCCUUCUACAGCGUCUCUGACACACACACACUCACACACUUACACACUCAACACCACAUUCACUCGACCCCUCUAUGCUGGAUUUAGAGUUUAUCCUGAUUCCUCAGUGAGUCUGUGUGAAACUGAACAUCAGAGACACACACACACAACUGGAUGAGUGAAAUAUACUCACUGUAUCUCACAUCAACACAACUCCAAACUCUUUCUACAAAUCAUUUACUACUCAGUGUUUCUGUGGGUCUUAAGUCUCCUUCUGCAAAUUAAGACAUUAAAAGCUGAAAUGAAUGUGGUUACCAUGGCAAUGACGUAAUGUGCUCUUUGU